GUGGCCACGGCUAUAAGGGUGGCCGACUGGCGGGAAAGCUGCCGAGUGUGUUGUGACCCGUUACCGGACCUCGAUCCAGACGUAACGAUGCGUUCUAUUGGAGUUACGAUCAGUGCUGCUGGAUGCAUGCUGCUGUUGCUGGCAGUAGGCGGUACGCACUGUGGAACUGCCAGUGUCAACUAUGCAGAACCCAACAAGAACAUCUGUUCCCCAUACGAAGUGCUGAAGUCAUCGGAGCCAUGCUGUGAGCCUACAUGUGAUGACGACUGUUUGCAUGCGAUCUGUCGUCGUGCACCGGAUGCCGCGUCCGUACCUACGUGCGUAUGCCGGCAGGGAUACGUGCGCCACGAUGGGUCCUGCAUAAGGAAGGAAUCGUGCCCUCCCCGAGCCCCCGUAACCUACGAUUCGUACCGUCAGCAGAAGAACCCAUACUAUCACCGCCCUACACCACGUCCUAACUCGGUGCCAAAAUCUUGCGGUGCGAACGAACGGCUCACCCACUGUCGGCCAGCCUGCGAACCGACCUGCGAGAAGGACUGUGCCGGGGUGAAACACCCCCAGGUGUGCCACCCGGAACCGUGCUGCGUGUGCAAGGAGGGCUACGUACGCCACAACGGUCGCUGCAUCAAACGGUGCGACUGUCCGAAGCGACCGCCCUUCCUAUCCGGACGCCCCCUCUCGGGCGAGUACAUUGAUUUUGAGGUCGUCUCGCUCGAGGGUCUGAAAUCGGACGAAGAUUUUGGCUACAAACCGAAGGCCGAGUUCCGCAUGCAGAAACCAUCACCACCACGGCUGCCGGCGUACGAGCACAAAAAGUCACUCGGUAUGGCACCGCUGUACCUGCGUACGCUCGGUAGCGCAUCAAACUCGGCCCAAGCGUCAUCGUACGAGCGCGCUGCCCAUACGACCGAACGGCCAGCCCUCUAUCCACCGCUGUGCGCUUGCCAUGCGACGAAGAAAAUGCACCCAGCCACUCAUAUGCCGCCGGCCAUGCAGGACACUCGCUCGUACGAGAGCACCGAGGAAGACUCGGACAUUGUGCCGUACGCACCGCUACCGACCGUCGGAUCGUACCGGCAGUCGCAGCCGGCCAAGAGCCUUUUCCCACCGCCGAGCACACCGUCCGCAACCGUUGGACCGUACUAUAUGCCAAGGAAAACGAUUCCAGCACCACCGCCACAGGUACAUCGAAGCGAUCUGAACGAACCGCUGGAUCAUUUCUGCGGCUCCGGACAGCAAAGCUCGGCCGCACAGGAAGAGCAGCCGAAGAAGCACCCCACCAUUUGGCCACCGGUUAGCAAGCACUGUACACGCUGUGGCUUCCGGCGCCAUUAGACGGUGCACGGGCAAUCCAAUUCACCCUCACCCUCGUUGUAAACUACCUUACUGCACAAUAAAUUAUUAUGUUCGCUUCAUUUUCAAAAAUAA